AUGUCCAAUACUAUGGAAAAGAGAUUACAAAAAGAAUUGAUGAAAUUAGUCUCAGAGCCACCUGCCGGGGUUACAUUCGAUAGCGAGUCUGCUGAUUCAAAAUUAACGCUAUGGAAGGUGAAAGUUGUUGGAGCCAAAGAUACGUUAUACGAUGGUGAAUCGUUUAUACUGCAAUUUAAAUUUACCCCAAAAUACCCCUUUGAAUCUCCUCAGGUUAUAUUUAUUGGACCAAAUAUACCAGUCCAUCCUCAUAUUUACAGCAAUGGCCAUAUAUGUUUAUCUAUUUUAACCGAUGAUUGGUCCCCAGCAUUGUCUGUUCAAGCCGUUUGCUUAAGCAUUGUCAGUAUGCUUAGCAGUUGUAAAAAGAAGGUAAGACCGCCCGACAAUGUUGUAUAUGUGAGCACUUGUUCAAAGAAUCCUAAGAAAACAAAUUGGUAUUAUCAUGAUGACAGUCAAUCAUAG